CGCCCAUUCACUCAAAUAAAUAAAGAACGACGGCCGCUUGCAAUUCAAUUCAAUCGCCUUUGCCAACUCACUGAAAGUGAGCAUACGUACUCGACAUUUGACAUUCCCACGCCUUUCGACUCUCGCUGUGACGACCGCACAUCCCCAACAAAAGUCAUAUACGGCUCGUCUAGUCGAAAAGGCACGCAGAGCAGUUCACCUUCUCCGUCAGCCGGCAAACAUGGCGACAUCGCGACCUGUAUUGCAGGCACUCUAUACGCUAGCAGCACUGGCGUUUGUCCUACUGGCCUUCUUGCAGGCUGUACAGGCAGGAUUGGCAAAGGAGCAAAGGAUAGAGCGAAAACGACUAGCGGAUGAAGCGGACAAGAGCAUAUUCUUCAUAAAGGGGCAAGUCGGUGAGGCUUUGAGAGAAGCCGAUACUUGGAUCUUAUUUUACGGCGCAAGCUGGUGUCCGUAUACACAAAGAUUUACACCAAAAUGGCUGAAAGUGCAGCAAGAGUUCGAGGCUCGCAACUACACCUCCUCCAACGUGCACAUCGCCAAAAUCGAAUGCAGCAUCAAUGGCGAUAGGGAUUCCAACUCGCAUCUUUGCGAAGUCGACGAUGUGGAUGCGUACCCGACGAUCCUGCUUUUCGUCGAUGGCAAACGGGUGGAGGAGUACAUGGGCCAGGAUGAGGUCAACGAUGUCUUGAAAUAUGUGGAGGCGCAGGUUGUCGCUAGGAGGAAGUUGGAUGAGACCGAGGGCAAGGUCAAGCCGGAGACGGUGAACCAAGAGAAGCACAAACAGGGUGCCGAGGAGGUAGAUGAGGAGGAGACGGUGGGGGAGAAAGAGGGAGGGAAGGGCGCGGAUAACAAACAGAAGCCGCGACCAGUCAAGCCAUCAUUAGAUAUAGCUGCUGGCAUGAAGAAGCUCCAUGGCGCGAACGCAACAAACAUCGAGAACAAUACAUCGGCACCGAAGGAAGACCACAAAUUGAAAGGAUCACAUUCAACUAUCGAUCAGCAGAAGGCGACCAACGCAACGCAAAAUGCAGGACACGCAUCGACCUCGGAGAAGGGAAUAGACUGGUCGAAGCCAUCUUCAGAGCAGAAGUCAUCCAAUGGAACGGAAUCCCAGAAACACGUUCCAGCGUCGGAAAAGGAGUCUGCUGAGCAGCCACCUGCAGGGCAAGACAAAGUGUCUGAGAAACUGCCAGCAGGGCAGCACGAGGCGUUGGGCAAAUCGCCAUCAGCAAACGACACCAUGGAAGCAAUAGAAUCCAUAACAAACCGACCAAAAGCACCGCAUCAGUCGGCGCAUGCCGUCAGUAAGAAUGCACCGUCCCGUAUCGAGGACCCAACACCCGCAUCCCCACUGCUCUUCCUCGGCCUGGUACUGACGUUCGGCGGCGUAUCGGCCUGCCUGAUCUUCUUUGGAAUGAAGCUCAUCUCGCAACGGCGGUCAAAGACUUAUGCGCCGGUUGACACGUCGGUGGAAUAUAGCAAGUUUGCAUGAUUACUAGCAUCACAUAACAUCAUACACCACCCAUAAUCGUAGUCGGAUACAACGUGCAGGCAACGGCGUACACAACACACAUCUAAUUUAUCCUCCCCCCUGACGCUAUUCUGACGCUAUUACUCGAUGGAAAUAGAAGUUCUUGUUCUCAUAUUUGCUUCUGGUCAACUCUACAACAUACAAGAAGUAAUGUCGCAUAUCUUGCGAUGCACGCAGGUCC